AUGGAUCAAAAGUCUCAUAGAUGUGCGGAUUUCAAAUGGAAAGAUGUGGAUGCAGGUGGAAAACUGAUGGCUUUUGGUUCCUAUCGUCUUGGAGUUCAUAGCUCUGGAGCCGAUAUCGAUACAGUAAUCAUUGCUCCACGACAUAUCACUCGCAUAAAUUUCUUCUCUUCCUUCAAACAAAUUCUCAUGAAUGAUCCAAAUGUGAAGGACUUGGAAGCAGUAGAGAAUGCAUUUGUGCCGAUUAUUACGACGACUUACUCAGGAAUCGAGCUCGACGUGUUAUUCGCGAGACUUAAAAAGCCAACGAUCCCAAGGAAUAUCGAUUUAUCAGAUGACUCUCUUUUCGUGAAUUUGGAUGAAGCCAGUAUCAGAAGUUUGAAUGGAAUUCGAGUAGCUGAACAGCUUCUUGUUCCAAAUCGAGAUACUUUCUGUCAAUCACUCAGAGCAAUCAAGUUAUGGGCGAAGAAUCAUGGAGUAUACUCGAAUGCAAUGGGUUUCUUCGGAGGAAUCACUUGGGCUAUUCUGGUUGCAAGGACGUGUCAGUUGUAUCCAAAUGCAGCUCCAUCGAAGAUAAUUCAAAAGGUAUUCUUAGUUUUUUCGACAUGGAAUUGGCCAUCUCCCGUCAUUCUGAAGCACUUCGAUUGUGUGGAUUCAAAGUUGGCAAACCUGAAUAAAUUGGUCUGGGAUUCGAGAAUAAAUUCAUCGAUAUCAUUUGAUGCCAAUUCUGACUCCUGCAUUCCCGGAACAUAA